AUGGACUGUCCUGAGACUUAUGACAUGGGUGGAGGGUCAGAGGUGCUGAUUAACAAGGAGGUAAAGUUAGCCUGCUCUCACCAAUGAAAAAUAAACAAAACGCAUGAUUCUCGUCGUUGUACAUGCCCUUUGAGCUCAUGAUAUUUCUUUUCACUUCUUUCAGAUUCUCUUAGAUGACGACCCAGUAGAUAUGCCUGAUCCUUUCCCUAAAUAUGAGACCCAAGGUAGCAAGAAGCUCUUUAUCUUCCGCAUUCCUAGGUUUAACAACACGGUUUUGAUUGACCCUACAGCCAACAUGGAUGGAGUAGCGGGCGAGCCCACCAUUGGCGGAGACGGUGGUGGUAAUGGUGAUGGAGGUAAUGGCGGUGGAGGUAAUGGCGGUGGAGAUGGUGGCGAGAGUACCACGGGUCCACCAAAUGGCAGUGCCCCGAUCCUCUUGUUAAACGUCUUCCCGUUGGUUUUUCCUCUCCUUGCAGCUAUUGCUUUAUUUGUUUUCUAA